UGAAUAUUGGAGUUAAAACCAUAUAGACCUCAGAACGCUUCCACGGUUAGACCCUAUUCUCACGCUUUCUUCUUCCUCCUCCUUUCCAACUCUUCCCACACUGUCACACACACAACAAAACAUUCACACAAACCAUCAUUUCCAUUUUCUUUUUCAAUUCUUUCUCUCUAACUCCCCCUUUUCCAACCAUGGCCCCACACCCUCACGCUAUGCCUGAACAUCCCAAACACUCAUAAACAAAUGUGGGUCCAAUUAAGAAACUAACACAAACAAUUCUGAUCUCUCACUUUUGUGAUGCAAUUACAAUGGCAGAGAGAAACGCUUCUGCCAUUAAGGUCGUUUCAAGAAAAUCCUUAUGCUUUUUCUUCACAACAACAACCAUGCUAUUCAUCAUGUCAUGGCUCUUCGUUCUCCGUUCAACUCGCUCCGAUUCUACCUCCGAAACCAUUUCUCACCUUCUCUCCACCACCUUCAUGGAUUCCGUUUCCGAUUCAUCUCAAUCGCGAAACUCCGAAUCUUCCUUCAGCAACAGAGCCAUUCUCGUUAACACCAACAAACAAACACAAACACCUCAAAGUGUAAAAUGCAGCCACCACACCACCACCGUAUCAAAUAACAAUAGUAACUAUAUAUUAAAGAUUUUCAUGUACGAUUUACCUCCGGAGUUUCAUUUCGGAUUAUUAGAUUGGAAAGGCGAUGAAGACGGUAAAAUCAAAAAAGUUUUUCCUGACAUGAAAACCAAGAUACCACAUUACCCUGGUGGUUUGAACUUACAACACAGUAUUGAAUAUUGGCUAACACUAGAUAUUCUCGCUUCGGAAUUACCGCAAAUUUACCCUAACAAUGCUAGAACGGUAAUCAGAGUUAGGAACUCGAGUGAUGCUGAUGUGAUAUUUGUGCCGUUUUUCUCUUCUUUCAGUUAUAACAGACUUUCCAAAAUAGGACCACAUGAAAAGAAGAGUAGAAACAGGGUGUUACAAGAGAAUUUGGUUAGGUAUUUGAUGAGUCAAGAGGAGUGGAAAAGGUCUGGUGGGAGGGAUCAUUUGAUUCUGGCUCAUCAUCCGAAUAGUAUGUUGGAUGCUAGAAUGAAGCUGUGGCCUGCGACUUUUAUAUUGUCUGAUUUUGGAAGGUAUCCUCCGAAUAUAGCGAAUGUCGAGAAAGAUGUGAUCGCGCCUUAUAAGCAUGUUGUUGGUUCUUAUGUUGAUGAUCAAUCUAGUUUUGAUAGCAGGAAAACUUUGCUUUACUUCCAAGGAGCUAUUUACAGAAAAGAUGGAGGCCAUGCUAGGCAAGAACUGUUUUAUAUGCUGAAAGACGAAAAAGAUGUACAUUUUUCAUUUGGGAGUGUACAAAAAGGUGGAGUAAGGAAAGCAACAGAAGGCAUGCGUUCUUCAAAAUUCUGCCUCAACAUAGCGGGCGACACACCAUCAUCGAAUCGCUUAUUCGAUGCCAUUGCAAGUCACUGUGUCCCUGUCAUAAUCAGUGACCAAAUUGAGCUUCCGUACGAGGACGUCCUCGACUACUCAGAGUUUUGCGUAUUUGUUCGCACAAGAGACGCCCUCAAAAAGAGGUUUCUGAUAAACUUCAUUAGGAGUAUCGACAAAGAUGAAUGGACAAGAAUGUGGAACAGGUUGAAAGAGGUUGAGAAAUUCUUUGAUUUUCAGUUCCCUUCUAAGGAAAGUGAUGCUGUUCAAAUGAUUUGGCAAGCUGUUUCGCGUAAGGUUCCUUUCAUGAAGUUGAAAACAAACAGGUCUAGGAGAUUUUUUAGGUCCCUUUAUGGUAAUAAUAAAGAUAUGGGGCGUAAAUCUAUACCAGCACCAGCUAAUUUUUGGUGAUAUGAUACAUGAGAUUUUGUUUUUAGAAUGCAAGAAUAUUUUUAUAUAGUACAAUAUAGUUGUGAUUUUCAUAGUGACAUUGACAUUGUAGUGUUUAUACUUGAGGACUCAUAAUAUACAAUGAAAACUUC